UGGACUAUGGCGUCUCUGAGUCAACUGAUUAGCCACAUCAAUUCCACCUGUGGGGCAGAGAACUCCACAGGUGCCAACCGGGCCCGCCCGUAUGCCUACUACGCCUUGUCCUACUGUGUGCUCAUCGUAGCCAUCAUCUUCGGGAAUGGCCUUGUGUGUGUGGCUGUACUGAGGGAGCGGGCCCUGCAGACUACUACCAACUACCUAGUGGUGAGCCUGGCUGUGGCAGACUUGCUGGUCGCCACCUUGGUGAUGCCCUGGGUGGUCUACCUUGAGGUGACAGGUGGAAUCUGGAAUUUCAGCCGCAUUUGCUGUGAUGUUUUUGUGACCUUGGAUGUCAUGAUGUGUACAGCCAGCAUCCUGAACCUCUGUGCCAUCAGCAUAGACAGGUACACCGCAGUGGUCAUGCCAGUCCACUAUCAACAUGGCACGGGCCAGGGCUCUUGCCGGCGUGUGGCCCUCAUGAUUACAGCCGUCUGGGUACUGGCAUUCGCUGUGUCCUGCCCUCUCCUCUUCGGCUUUAACACAACAGGGGAUCCCAGCAUCUGCUCCAUCUCCAACCCUGAUUUUGUCAUCUACUCCUCAGUAGUGUCUUUCUAUGUGCCCUUUGGAGUGACUGUCCUCGUCUAUGCCAGAAUCUACAUGGUGCUGAGACAAAGGAGAAGGAAACGGAUCCUCACUCGACAGAACAGUCAGUGUAUCAGUGUCAGGCCUGACUUCCCUCAGCAACCUCUCUCUCCUGGUCAAGCACACACAGAGCUGAAACGCUACUACAGCAUCUGCCAAAGUACCACCUUGAGGCGACCAAGCUUCCAAGAAGAAGGAGAAUUAAAAGGGGAGGAUAGGACUCGGAACUCCCUGAGCCCCAACAUGGCACCCAAACUCAGUUUAGAGGUUCGAAAACUUAGUAAUGGCAGAUUAUCUACAUCCCUCAAACUGGGGUCCUUACAGCUUCGGGGAAUGCCACUGCGAGAGAAGAAGGCAACCCAAAUGGUGGCCAUUGUACUUGGGGCCUUCAUUGUCUGCUGGCUGCCCUUCUUCUUGACCCAUGUUCUUAAUACUCAUUGCCAAGCAUGCCAUGUAUCACCAGAGCUUUACAGAGCCACUACAUGGCUGGGCUAUGUGAACAGUGCCCUCAACCCCGUGAUCUACACCACCUUCAAUAUAGAGUUCCGCAAAGCCUUCCUCAAGAUCUUGUCUUGCUAAAGGA